AAAGGAAAAUUUGCCUGUUGAUUCUGUUCUUCCGUUCUACGCACGACUCUUGUCCCCAAGUUUGAGCAGUCUGUCUCCUGCCGCCAUCACUUUUCCUCAUACUUUACGCAAAACGAAUUCCCAGACCCAACAACCAUGACGCUGGCCGACCACCCCAUCGAUACCCCGCCACGCCCGGCUUCGCCAGUCCACAGAUUUGGAACUCUGGCUGUGCACGCUGGAAGUCCUCACGACCCCGUUACUGGCGCUGUCAUUGAGCCUAUUUCGCUUUCCACCACAUUUGCACAGACCAGUGUUGGUCAGCCCAUUGGCGAGUACGAGUACUCACGCUCCUCAAACCCCAACCGAGACAACUUUGAAAAGGCCGUUGCGGCGCUCGAGCACGCCCGCUAUGCGCUUGCUUACUCCUCUGGCUCCGCCGCCACAGCCAACAUCCUGCAAUCGCUCGCAGCAGGCUCGCACGUCGUGUCCGUCUCCGAUGUGUACGGCGGAACGCACCGCUACUUCACCAAAGUGGCCCUCACGCACGACGUCAAGGUGACCUUCAGCCCGAGCAUCGAAAUCGACAUUGCCGAACUCAUCCGCCCAAACACCAAGCUCAUCUGGAUCGAGUCACCCUCAAACCCCACACUGACGCUCGUCGACAUCCGCAAAGUCUCGACAAUUGCCCACCAGCACGGCAUCAUGGUCGUCGUAGACAAUACCUUCAUGAGCCCGUACGUGCAAAACCCGCUCGACCACGGCGCAGACAUUGUCGUGCACUCGGUCACAAAGUACAUCAACGGCCACUCGGACGUGGUCAUGGGCGCCGCUGCCUUCAACUCGGAGCAACUCUACGAGCGCCUUUCGUUCCUCCAAAACGCCAUUGGCGCCGUCCCCUCGGCCUUUGACUGCUGGCUCGCCCACCGCGGCCUCAAGACGCUGCACCUGCGCGCCCGCGAAGCCACCAAGAACGCAACGGGCGUCGCCAAAGCCCUUGAGGCCUCACCACACGUCAUCUCGGUCAACUACCCGGGCCUCAAGUCGCACCCGCAACACGCUAUUGCGCUCAAGCAGCACCGCGACGGCAUGGGCGGCGGCAUGCUGUCGUUCCGCAUUCAGGGCGGACAUGCCGCUGCGGAGCGCUUCUGCCAGGCUACCAAGAUCUUUACGCUUGCAGAGUCGCUCGGUGGCGUCGAGUCGCUUGUUGAAGUCCCCAGCGCAAUGACGCACGGUGGUAUUCCAAAGGAGCAGCGCGAAGCAGCCGGUGUCUUUGAUGACCUUGUUCGCAUCAGCUGUGGUGUCGAGGAUGAGGCUGAUCUCGUGGCUGAUGUUGUGGCCGCGCUGGAGAAGGCGGUUGUUGGCGGCAAGAUUCAGAAUGGAGGCGCUUAAUUUGCUCUCUUCUCCAAUUCUCUUUCCUUCCUUCUUUUCUUUUGGCCGUUUCCAUUCAUAAAAAGUCCCAUGGGUUAAGUCACUCCUAGUUGGGCAAUGCAUGUAUUGGCGUUUCUCUCUCUCUUUUUGUUUUUUUUUGAGCUUUUUUUCCCUUCUUCCCCCAAAGGACAUGAUUUCUUACUUGCGCAAGCACGAGGUUCACAAAGCAAACUUUGAAGAAUAGAUAGAGAUGUGAUUUUGAGUCCCAGUCAUCAUGGCAGUAGGCUGGUAUCUUACUUUGAAAAAGAAAAUGAUACCUUUUGUUUUGUUU